CAGCUUCGGGCUUCGGGCUUCAAAACAGCCCCAAACAGAACCCUCGGCCAACUGAGUGGUACCCGAAACUCACAACUUCAUUCACUCAUAUCCAAUUCACCAAUCAAAUGGCUGCCGCCGCCGCCGCAAGAUCCGUUUUACGGUCAAAUUCCGUCCGGAGAGCGGCCGCCAGACUGGCCUCCGAAGCCAAAGCUGCACGUUCUCCCUUUGGCGUCUCAAGCAGAAAACCGCUAUCUCAUAGAAUCUUCAGGUGUCCGGCUGAAAUGAGCGUUUGUGUGGGCUCAAUGCAGCCGUUCCACUCCGCCUUAGCGUCGGCAUUGAUGACUUCGAUGCUUUCAAUAUCUCGCCAUAGUAGCAGUUGGCUUCCUGAAGGAAUCCUCUCAAAUGCACUGUUAAAGUGGGUUUCUGACGCUUAUCCAGGUUAUUUCCUUUGAUGAUCUUAAGAUAGAAAAUACUGUGUGUGUGUGUGUGUCUGUGCUGCCUUAUCUGAGUCUCUGUACAACUUAUUGUAUUCCUUAUCUCUGUAUAUCAUGCUAUUUGAAAUGGAAAAUUUUAGCUUGCUAUGAAAUGCGCAUUUAGGAAUACUACUCGGUGGCAUGUAAUUCAUUUAUUGUAUGCAACAGAUCAUACGAGUCAUCUUUGCUAAGAAAUGCAUUGAAAACUAAGAGUCUGAAUAGGGUUCAACUUGGUGGCCUUAGUUAAGUUCUUGCACUUAGGAUGAUGGCCUCCUAAAUUGAAGUAGUGUGACAUAACAAUUUUUUUAUUUGCUCUUUUUGGUCCUGAAUGCUUAAUAAAAUGAGUAGAGUUUGCUUGUUGUCCCCCCCAAAAAAUAAUGAAAUAAUUUGAUGCUAUACCUGAUCUGUAGAACAUAGUAAUUAGUAAGCCUGUCUUACCCUUGGAUGUGGAUGCUGACGUAACAUGGUGAAAAGAAAUGCCAAGAUAAUAUAGGAAGAAUGGGGAAUGUUUCAGGUGAGGUUUCUGGUCUUAUGACUGUUGCUCAAAAAGUUCUUUUUGCACAUAAUCUCUACUACCAUACCAAGCAGGAGUUCUUGGUUGGAUUAAUAAAAUGCUGAAAUGACUUGAAAAGCAGGGAGUGUUUAGGUGAGUAAUAUUGCUGUCACUUGAAAGGUCUUUCAUGAAAUUUUCUAUUACAUUGCCAAGCAGCAGUUCCACUUGGCCUUAAACUUUCUUCACAAAUCUCUUAUACCGUACUUAAAUGGCUUUUUCUGCUAAUUGUUGCAAGUAAAAAAAAUGUGAUUGGAAUCUCCGAAUGCAAAAAUAUCAUCAAGCUCGUGUUAUUGGAGGCACCAUAUCUUCCAUCUCACCAAUGUUUUCUUCUUCUUUCUGUGUAAUUUAAAUUUUGUGUAGUUGUAUGGUUUAUUUUAUUUUUAGAAAAUUAGUUUUUGCAGUAGGUUGCCUGAGCCUGACCAAUG